AUGUGGGGAUUGAUAAAAAGCGCUUCAAAAAAUAUAAACAAUGAAGAUACAAAUAACGAUGAAACUAUAGAUUAUGAUGAGGAAGGAGAAGAUGAAAGAAAAAAUGAAACGAAUAAUAUGAAUGGUAAUAAUAAUGUAGAUGAAAAUAAAUGUGAAGAUUCUUUAAAGAAUGAAAUAGAUAAUAUUGUGGAUAAAAAAAAAAAUGAUAAAGAUGAGAUGCAAAAUAUAGAAUGUAAUAUAUUAAACCCAGAUGAAAUUAAAGAAAAAAUUGAAGAAGUUUUAAAUAAUUUAUCUUCAGAUGAAGAAGAAGAAGGAGAAGUUGUUGAAGAUGAAAUACCUUAUGAACGUGUUAAAGAAAAGAAUAAAGAAAAUAAAGAAAUAAUUUUAUUAAAUAUAUAUUUAGAAUUAUCAAAUGAUCAUUUAGAAAUGUUAUUAAAAAUAUUUGGAACUGUUGAAAAAAUAUAUAUAGAUGAUAAUGAAGGUGUUCAUGCUAUAUAUACAUCUUUGUCUAGUGCAAAAAAAGCAAAAGAAUUUUUAGAUAAUUUAAAAAUAAAAAAUAGAAGAAUGCAAGUUAUAUAUGGUAAUUAUAAAAAGACUUAUAAUAUUAAUGAUAUAGAAAAUAAAAGGAAUACAAAUAUAUAUAAUAUGAAUAAUGAAUAUAUAGAAGAUAAUAUAAAUAAUGAUGAUAUAAAUAUCAUAAAUAAUAAACAAGAAUUAUAUAGUAAACAUUAUAAUGAUAAUUCAAAUAUUAUAUAUGAUCAUUUAGGUAAUCCAAUAAAGAAAAGUGUUGUCUUAUAUAAAAAUAAAAAAUAUUAUAUGAAUAAUAUGACAAAUAAUAAUAAUAAUAAUAAUAAAUCACCUUUAUAUAAAAAUAAUCAUAUAAAAGGAAAAAAUGUUCUACUAAAAAAUAAUAUGUUUGAUUCUUCUUUACCUGUGCAUUUAAAUAAUGAUUAUAUGAUAACAUCAGAUGGAUACAAUAAUAUAGCUGAUAUAAAUAUAGCAAAUAAUAAUGGUCAGCAAGAUAUAUCUGAUCAUUUUCAUCAUAGUAAUCAUUUUUCACAUGUACCUCCUCCCCCUCCUCCAACAAAUAUAUACAACAAUAAUAAUAAUAAUAAUAAUAAUAUGGAUGAAUAUAAUGAGAACUAUAGUGACAACGAAAAUAAUAUUAAUAAUAUUAAUAAUAUUAAUAAUAUUAAUAAUAAUAAUAAUAAUAAUAAUAAUAAUAAUAAGUAUAAUGUUUCUUUUAAUAAUAGUCGUGCAAAUACAAAUAAUUCUCCUUAUAGAGGGAAAAAUAAUAUCAUGCAAAACGAAAAAAAUAACUACAACAAAUUAGUAAGUAAUAAAUAUAUAAAUGUAUCAACUGAUAAUAUAGCAAAUAAUCUUAUAUCAUCAAAAUAUAAUAAUAAUAUUGGAACUUUUGGUGGUAGUAGUAGUAGUAAUUAUAAUUUUUCUUAUCAAAAAAAUAAUUUAUAUUCACAGAAUUAUAUUAAUAAUGAUAAUUAUAGUAAAGGAUUAUAUUCAAAACAUAUCCCACCCCCACCAAUUAAUGAUCAUAAUAAUUUCACAGGCUUAUCUAUAUCCAAUGUGAAUAUCAAAAACAAAAAAGAAAAUAUGAAUUAUAUAAAUACACAUAAUGAAAAUGAUAACAAAGAUAAUUCACUUUAUAAUAUAAAUGAAUUUAUUCAAAUAAAUGAUAAUAAUCCUUUCAAUAUUCAUAGUGAACAUAUAAUGAAUGAUAAUUUCUUAUGGAUUAAUAGAAAAGAAGAAACAGUAUUAAAAUGGUCAACAACUUUAUCUAUAGAAGAAAAUCAUUUAGAUUUUUUACAAUCAUUUAAUAUAUUUAAAUUGUAUAAUAGAUAUUUGUUAAUAACUAAUAUUCCUAUAAAUUUAAGAGAUACUCAUAAAUUAAAGGAUUAUAUAAAUAAUCUUUUAUCAACUCAUAAAAUAUAUAAUGCAUGUGUCGAUGUUGUCUUUUUUGAUACUGUCAAGAAUGAUCAUCAAACGUUAUUCAACCAUGACGCAUUUAAUAAGCAUACUCAACAUCUACAUCAUUUACAAGAACAAAAAGAAGAUCAUAUGAGUAGUGAGGUAAAUAUAAAAGAAGAGGGAAGCACAAAUGAGGAGAAUAAAACGAAUGAUAAUAAAACGAAUGAUAAUAAAACGAAUGAGAAUAAAACAAAUGAGAAUAAAACAAAUGAGAAUAAAACAAAUGAGAAUAAUCAAAAACCAGACGAAUUAAAAGAAAAGGAAAUAACACAAAAAAGUGGAAGAAGAAAAAGUCAACAAGAAAAGGUGAAGGCAGCUCCUCAAAAAAUAAGAAAAAAGAGAGGACGUGCUAAAACAAAAAAGGAAGAACAAGAAGGAGAAGAGGAAGAUGAAGAAGAAAAGGAAGGAGAAAUUGAAGGACAAAAGGAAGAAGAAAUUGAAGGACAAAAGGAAGAAGAAAAGGAAGAAGAAAAGAAAGAAGAAAAGGAAGAAGAUAAAGAAGGAGAAAAAGAAGGAGAAAAGAAAGAAGAAAAGGAAGAAGAUAAAGAAGGAGAAAAAGAAGGAGAACAGAAUGAUGAUAGUGGUAUAAAUGAAAUAAAUCAUCCUAAUGAUGAUGAGAAUAAAAAUGUGUAUGCCCAUUUAACCUUCCGAACUAUAAAAAACUUAACAGAGGCAAAAAAAAUUUUAGAAGAAAACAAUUUUUUAGUUACAUUUACAUCACCACAUAAACCUAACAACUGUUUAUGGGUAGGAAAUAUUUUAAAAAAUUAUUUUUUCCAUACAGCAAAUAUAUUAAAAACAAUGUUUAGUUUUUUUGGAGAAAUCAAAAAUAUUAAAUAUGUAAAUGAUAAGAAUUGUUUUUUUCUACAAUAUAAAACUAUAGAAUCUGCAAUAAAUGCUAGAAAUCAUAUGUUUGGCAUACAAAUAUCUAAAAAUACAAUUUUAAAUAUUGAUUUUUCAAUAUUAAAUGAAUGGGAUAAUAAACAAAAAAUAAAUUUGUCAAAGAAAAGAUUCUUAGAUAAUAAUGAAAUACAAGAUAAAUUAGAAAAAAAAUAUCAUAGAAGAAAUAAUUCUUAUGCUGAUUCAAAAACUAUGUCAUUAUUAAAAAGAAAUCAUUACAAAAAAGGAUAUACAACAAAUAGUAAUAGUUAUUAUAAUAAUAAAUAUGAUGAUCAUAACUCAAAAAAAAAAAUUCAUAAAGAUUCAAAUUAUCUAAUUGAUAAAAAAAAUAAUCGUAAUAGAAAAAGUAAAUCAUAUAAAAGUUCUCAUCAUGAUAAAAAUGAUAGUCAAAGAAUUCUAAAAAGAAAAGCAGAUGAUUAUGAACAUUAUAGAGAUAGUAAAAAAAAUAAAAGAGAUUAUUUAAAUGAACAUAAACAUGAUUAUAAUCAUGAUAAUAUGUUUAAUGAUCACAAUAAUAGUAUCCAUUCUGAUAUACAACAUGAUAAUAGUGUAGAUGAAAAAAAAGAAAAAAUAAUUGCCUUUUAUGUAAAUCAAAAAUAUAAGUGUGAUUUUAUAGCAAACUUUUAUGAGGGAGAUCCAAAACUUAAAAUAUAUUCCAAAUUAAAUGUGGAAACAAAGAGUGACAUUAAAAAUUUGAAACAAAUAAAAAGUACAUGUACCAAUUAUGCCAUAUGGCAAUUAGGGCCAACAUCGAGCCAGACUAAGAAAUUUACUCAUAUCUGUGAACAUUUUUGUAAGAAGAAAAACAUACCAGUUAUAAUAAAUAAGGAAUAUACAAUUUUCAUUGUUCCAAUAAAAGAGGAAUAUUUAAAAGACUUACAAAUCGAAAAUAUGGAAUAUAUGUAUGCUUACGUUCUGGAGACAAAAAAAUCUUAA